CGAGUCGCAGAAGUGCGAAAACAGACGGACGAUCACAGCAGCAACAGAAAUAGCAGCAAUAAUAAUAACACCAUUGUAAUCGUUAGUGUUUAUAAUCACCGUAAAUCGUACCGUUAACAUGUUCGCCGUCCGAGUUCCGUUGGCCGUCGUUGGUCUGUGCAGCCUGCUGACCACCGUCGUCGUGUCCGAUCAACAGCAGACGUACAUAGCGGACGCCACAAAAACGUUGACCAAAGCUCUGAUAAAGGCGACAGCCGAAGACGGUUUCAAUUACGUGGCGUCUCCGUUCACUAGCUCGGUAAUUUUGGCGCUGGCGGCUGAAGGAGCCGAAGCGGAAACAAAGAACGAACUGAUUGAGAUAUUGGGCGGAAAUUUACCAGACAAGAAUACCUACAAGGAGAUACUUACGUCUAUUAAGAGCUAUUCUUCAGACGGUAACUUCCAGAACAAAUUGGUGCUGAAGAAUUUUCUGUACGUAUAUAAGAACUACAGCGUACUAGAAUCGUUUGCCGAUCUUGCCCGCGAGUAUUACUUGACCGAAGUGAGGAGCGUGAACAGACCGGACUUGGAAAUAAUACGCACAGCCAACAACGACCCAAAUACUCCAAUAGAUGACGAUGUUACCGCGUUCAAAGAACACGCCAUGCUGAUCUUCAACGGUUUUUCAUUGGAUUUGAGUUGGCCGUCUAGUACUUGGCACAAGACGUCCGUAUCUUGGAACGGAAACGUGAUCCGGGCGUUUGGCGCUGCUGGAAAUUUCGCCAUAGGGCAAAUAUCAUCCCUCGAUUCCACAGUAUUCAAAUUACCCUACAAGAAUACUGACUACGCGCUUCUGGUGAUUUUGCCGAAAAACAAUGCUAACCUGGGUGAAGUGCUGAAAAAUCUUCCGAAAAUUGGGAUCAAAAAUAUGAUCGAAACGAUGUCGAUCAAACCCGGUUUUGUGACGAUGCCGUGUUUCCAGAUCAGGAAUAUUACUGAUUUGAAAACAGUGCUGCAAGAACACACCACCGUGAAAUCCGUGUUCACCGAAUCCGCGGACUUGUCGAAAAUGUCCGAGGACAAAUUGUACCUAGACGGUGUGGUCCAACAGGCAGGCGUCCGGGUGUGCGUCGGUGGUUCUUCGUCGAACUCGCUGACCAGUUCAGCGUUCACGUCGCAACGUGUCAUCAAGGAGUCGGUGGUCGUCGACCGGCCGUUCGCGUAUGCGCUUUACAACACGGUCAACGGCAUAAUGUACGUGAUCGGCAAGGUGGAGCAACCCGUGUGGGACGAAGAGGACAUCGUAGGCGAAGACUCGAGCAUCGAGACGAUAAAGAUGUAGGCACGACAGGAUCUACAGGAUACGAGUAUUGAUACGAUCGGUUUUAGGAUGACGUUUACCAUUUAAUUGGCAGUAUAGUAUUAAAUACAUUAUAGCUGCUGUAUUUGUACGACGUUUAAGAUCGAUGCUAUUACUAUAACACAAUACGUGCAUCGGUUUUAUUCCACGUUGUUUGAUACGAUUUAUUUAUAUCAUUAAUUUAUAUUUAUUUAACGCACCAUAAUUUAUUUUUUUAACAAUAAUUGUA